AUGUCGGAGAAUAAGCAAGCCACCAGCAAGGAACAGCAAGCCAACGCCGCCAGUGGAGCACCAAGCAGCAGCAACAGCAGCAGCAGCAGUAGCAACAAGCAGCAAAAGUUCAGCGCGCUUAACAUAAACAAUCUCUACAAGGGCAAAUCGCUUGAGAAUCCUAAAACUUCGGCCACCAACUCCUCUUCAAUAUCGUCGAAUCCCAAUUUUAUCCUUCCAGAUCCUCCAGCCUCCUCCUCAACCACUAACGCCCCCAACUCCUCCAAUCCACUUUCAAGUCAGCAGCAGAGAAACUAUAAUUCUGGUAAUCAGCAGCAGUUUUCAUCACAAUCAUCCAGCAGCCAAUAUGAUCAGCGCAAUUCAAGUCACCACCAUCACCACCACAGUCGCAGUGGUGGUGGCAAACCGAAAGAGAAGAGAUUUAUGCCCACCAUCAUCUCUGACACUGAGCUCAAGUCACUCGAUCAAAUUCUACAGCAGGAGGAUGAGUGUGCCUGGGCUCUGGAGGCGGAGAUUGACUACAACGCUAAGCUCGACUUUAGCGACAGCAGCAGCGACGAGGGCGAAAGCGAGCGAGAGCAGCAGAAUAAGAAGACGACGACCACUACCGCUGGCACCAGCAGCAGCAGCAGUGGCAGUCCCAGCAAGCCAACUGUGAUUGACGCCACGAAGAAGUCCAGUACAAGCCAAGCAGAUGCUUUGGGUCCAAGCAGUAAGGCAGCAGCAAUGCUCGGCGGCCCGUCCGCUCACAGUGGCCUGUCGCACCGAGACCAACUGGAGCGAGACCGCCUCAAUUAUGUGGGCCGAAAGUCAGACUCGGUGUACGAGUUUAACAAGCACGAGCACGACAUUGGCCAUCGAGAGUACUACCGCGAGUCACACCGCUCGCAGCAGCUGCCCCGUGGUGGCGGCGGUGGAGCGGCCUACCGAGACCGCGAUGGCUACCAGCGGGACUAUCACCACCAGGGACCGCCUUCACUACAGUCACAGGCCGCCGCCUCCUCCUUAUCUCGAAACUCCUCCACACUGGAUCGAGAUCGAGUUGGAGAUCGAGGUGGUCGGCGACCGGAGGCUGACCUCUAUCACCAGCACCCCCAACAACAUCAACAACAUCAACACCAACAACACCAAACGGCUGAGCCACUACGACCAAGGGUGGAGCCGCGUGAAGUGGAGCCCGUUGACCCACUGAAGAAGGCCCCUAUUGCUGGCCCAAGUGGUGGUGGUCAGAAGAAGCCGGGCGAGGUGGACGCCAGCUGGCGGCCGAAGCGUUCUCAGGAGGACAUUACCUCGGCGGUGAUGCGUGGACGACACCUGCGCGACGAUGAACUGCCUGGCGGUGAAGUGCAGCCAAGUGCUG